CAACUCAUAUCCCUCGCUGGUGUUUUUGUUCUGGAGGAGAAAGGCCACAGGAUGUAGCCACUCAAAGGCAGUAGAAGUGGCUUCCUGCUGCGGGAAAUGAUCAAAAAAAUCAGACAAGCCCCUUAUGGAGGGAUGAAGUAUGCAUGCUGACUCUCACAGGUCCUUGCACACUGAGCUCAGUCUCCAUCACAGGCAGAUGUAAGAGUCAACACAAGCACUGCAAUGACAGCUGGAAAGGUUAGGGCCCUGCAGUGAGAACAGUUAAUGUUCAAAUCUUCAAAUGUCUUUCACAUGGGAACCUCAUAGAAAUCAUGUUUAUGAACCUGACAAAUGGAAGUUGCCACAUUCCUCUGGAGACAGAUCGUGUUGGUCUAACCUACAUCUACAGCCUGGCCUUUUCUCUGGGGCUGCCGGCAAAUCUGCUUUCACUGUGGGGACUUUACCAACUGGGCCGCUCAAGCGGAGCUGGAACUCAGCUGGUUUAUAUCCUCAACCUUCUACUGUCAGAUCUCCUUCAGUUGCUCACCUUGCCUUUGUGGAUCCUCUACUUACAGAGAGCACAUCACUGGCCCUACGGUUCCAUCACCUGUCAGCUGGUGGGCUAUGUCUUCUACGUGAACGUCUACGCAAGCAUUGCCUUUCUCUGUCUCAUAGCACUGGACCGAUGUCUGGCCAUUGUGUACCCACUGAGCAGCCGCAGUGUGAGGAAGGUUCGGCUGUCUGCAUUCUCUGGUGUGGUUGUCUGGACUCUUGUAUUCCUCUUCUGCCUAAUUGGUCUCUACCCAUCUGUAUUUGAGCCACAGAAGGGCUUGUGUUUGGAGCAGUAUCCCGUCACCCCAAGAUACGCUUACUUUCAAAUAGCCACGGUGGUACUGGGUUUUCUGAUGCCAUGCUCUAUACUUGGUUGCACUUCUGCCAGAAUCGGGGUCACACUACACAACUCCCCCUCUAUCUCUGAUCACGAGCGCAACAAAAUUGUGGGCACCCUAACAGUCAUCACCAUCAUCUUCAUCGUGGUCUUUGGGCCCUAUCACAUGGUGGAGUGGCUUCAGUCACUGGGUCCAUUAACAAAACCUGAAGUGCUCUGCACAGUUAUAUUCUCCCUCUGCUAAGAUACUUGAUUAAAACCACAAAGGGGCUUAAAACAGUUUAUGAGUUUUCCAAGAAAAAAAUCUAAACCUGUCAGACAUGUGUUAUCUCAACGGCUGGAAACGAACCUUCAGAACAUUUCCAAGUAUAAGAUCAGAGUCAAAGACAAGUUGUGCCUUUUCUGUAUCCAGAGGCUGUUCAUCUUAAGAAAUGAAAAGGUUACAAAUCGUUCCUCUGUUCUCUGUACUGUCAUAAAGAUGAUUCAAACAGGUAUAAGGAUUAAGGAGUAAUGGAUUACGUAUCUGCGAAUAAAUUACAGCAAAAGAAUGAAAUACUGUCUGUGGUAUAUUUUAAACCUGGUUGUCUAAAAGGACAUUAUAUUAUAUUACAUAGUUUUAUUAGCUUGUGUUGCUUUUUGGAACUGUUUUCUGAACUACUAGAUCUAGCGCGCACUACAGUACAUCUAUGAAACGUCCGAAAUCAACUUUAUCAAUGGAUUAAAAUAUUUUAUUCAUACAUUUAAUAUUAUGUUUUGUUUUGUUUUGCAUAAAAUAGAAUUCUGCCUUUUUUUUUUUUUUUUUUUUUUUACAUUUACAGCCUUCCUUCAAACACAAAAUGGAAAUCUGAAGCCUACAUGACAAAGUAGUUUAUUUCUUAAGUUUUAAAGGUCACCUUAAAGUACGUUUUUUGCGUCUUCACCUGUUUCUUAUGUCACUUCAUGAAACACCCCUUCAUUUCACUGAAGACAUGUAGAUGCACAUGAGGGCAAUAAAUUAUCCCAGUUCUGUCAUAGAUGAAGCUCUGUGGCCCUCUGCUGGUUUUAACCAAGAUCAAAACACAAUUAACAGCACUGGCAAUAAAGACAGCCCUGAAUGAUUUGUUUGUUUUACUUUGCUUCUUUUUCCAGUUGACUGUGAUUACAGUUGGUCUACAUUUGUCUGUUUUUUGCACCUGUUUCUCCUUUAAGAAAAAAAGGUUGAAUAUAAUAAAAGAUAAUAAAACUCAUUUUUAACUAAGA